CUCUCUCUCUCUCUGUGUGUGUGAAUGUGUGUGUAAGUGUAAUUGAGCAGCAAUAGUUUGAUGUAAUGGAGGGGCUGGGCGAGUCAGUCCGCCUACACGGGCUUUGUGUUGAUGUUCAGGCGGUGCAACAGCGCUGACAGUCCGCGACUAGAGCAACACCAUACAACGGCAUUCCCAACACCCAUCCUCCAUAAAGAGAGGAAGAGAGGGAGAGAAAGAGGACAGUGUUUUGGGCGAUUUGACUGUAAGGGAGUGGAGCUGGACUGAAUCAUGGCUACUUCUACGUCUUGCACAGGCUCCACACUGCUGCAGCCAAUUAGUACGAUUAUUGAUCUGCCACUGGACCAGGUGAACUUUGUGGUGUGCCAGCUCUUCGCCCUGGUCACGGCUUUCUGGUUUAGACUCUACCUGCACCCCAGUAAGACGAGUCCCUUCAUCCGGCAUGUAGUUGCCACCCUGCUGGGCUUCUAUUUGGCCCUCUUCUGCUUUGGCUGGUAUGCCUUACAUUUUCUGGUACAGAGUGGUCUUGCUUACGGCGUUAUGAUCUUCACAGGUGUGGAACACAUGCACAAAUACUGCUUUGUGGUUACGCUGGGAUAUCUCAGUUUCUGCCAGGUCACCAGAAUCUAUGUGUUUGACUAUGGCAUGUACUCAGCAGACUUCACUGGGCCCAUGAUGGUCAUCACACAGAAGAUCACAAGUUUGGCGUUUGAGAUUCAUGAUGGUUUGAUGAAGAGGGAGGAGCAUCUAAAGCCCAAUCAGAAGUAUCUUGCUGUCAGGAAGAUGCCCAGUCUGCUGGAGUAUCUGAGUUAUAACUGUAACUUUAUGGGGAUCCUGGCUGGCCCAACCUGCUCCUAUAAUGAUUACAUAGCCUUUAUAGAAGGCAGAUGUUACGAGCCCAAGCACCUGGAGUCAAACGGCAAAGAGAACGGGAAAUUCAAGCAGAAUGACCCUUCACCUAAGAGGGACGUGAUCCAGAAACUGUGCACGUGUGCUCUGUCCCUAAUGGUUUAUUUGGUGAUCUAUACUGCCUGCCCUACAGAUCGUGUCAUCAAUGACACCUUCAUGGCCUCUAACCCCUUCUACAUCCAGGUCUUGUACCUCUACAUCUCCAUGUUGGCUUUACGCCCCAAGUACUACUUUGUAUGGACGUUAGCUGAUGCCAUCAACAAUGCGGCUGGUUUUGGAUUUAAUGGCUAUAACACAGAUGGCACCCCAAAAUGGGACAGAAUAUCAAAUUUAAGAAUACUUGACAUUGAGUUUGCCACCAGCUUCAAGAUGUUCUUGGAUAACUGGAACAUUCAGACAGCCCUUUGGUUAAAAAGGGUGUGUUACGAGCGCUGUCCAUACAAUCCGACUGCUGCCACAUUCCUCCUCUCAGCCAUCUGGCACGGAGUUUACCCAGGGUAUUACCUGACCUUUGUCACGGGCAUCGCUGUAACAAUGGCAGCACGUGCAGUAAGACACAAUGUGAGGCAACACUUCCUGGGCUCAGCCACACUCAAGCUCAUUUAUGACGUGAUCACGUGGUUCAGCACCCAGAUCGCCAUAUGUUACACAGUUGUGCCAUUUGUACUGCUGGCAGUAGGGCCUUCACUAAAGUUUUACAGCUCGUGGUACUGCUGCAUUCACCUGAUCUGCGUGUUGCUGGCGCUGGUUUUACCUGUGAAGUCCAGACGCAGGAAACAACAGGAAGAGCCGAGCAGCAUUCAGGCCAGUGAACAGAACUGUCUCUCCUCUCCUGACAACAACUGCAACCAGAAGCAGAAAGCCACAUGAGGACAAGAAGGGCUGCUCGACCCGCACACUCGGUUGUGAGGAACUCUGAUAUCAGUACUGAGAGACACAGAGCGGCCAUUUCCUCCCUCAGAUCCAACGACACUGACAGUGACAUUUUACAAGGCAUAAACUCCAGCAACAAUACAGAGAAAAGACCCCGUAGUCGCCCUGUUGGAGAUGGUCACGUUUUGGUUUUAAAUAGGAAAUCUUCAUAGGAUCAUAUGAAAAUGGGGUGAUCGAUUAUAGAAAAUGGUGAAUAAUUGACUUAAGUGUCAGUUAAUCUGAAGUUGCCUUAAACCCUUCGUAUAUUUAGCUCCAGAAACCUUGUGUGGGGAUCGUGUUACGUAGGAACAGACCAGUCAUUGUUGGCUUAUAGCUUCACUACAUUAGUGCGGGAAGUCUAGCACUGGAAUCGGCUUCCACGGUACCUAGAAGGUUUCUGCCAUUGUCAGUUAAACGAAGUAACCUCUGUUUUAGUUCUUCUCAAAGGAAUUGUGUGCGGUAAAGAAAAAAGUCCAGUCGUGUGUUGCCAAACUUUUAGGCCUUAAGUUCCUAUCUCUUGCCAUUGUUUCAUCUUUAUUCUUUGUUCAUUUCUCUGGUUUUCUAGUUGGUUCAUAUCUGCUGCUUUCUUUGGGAAGAAGGGUCAACCUUAAGGGAGUGUCUUCAUUUGGAAAAUUGCUUUUGUUAUAAUUUUUGUCAGUGAUUUUUGUUUAUUUUAUUUUUUAUUAAGGGCUUUUGGUUGGUUAUCAAUGCUGUUUUUUUUUUUGUUUUUUUUUUAAUGGGUUGUAGGUUUCCUCAGGGCACACAGGUCUCGUUUUAGACCAUGACAAAUGACCAGAUGUUUCUCUACCAUCAAUGUUUCUGCUGCAAAAUAUAGAGUCCAUCUUGUGAAAACAGAAGACAGUUCAAUAUUACUCAGUAUCUCAGCUUGUUUGUGGUUUUUUAUGUUACAGACAUAUAUGGCAAGUGCAAUAACCUCUGUCUUUUCCAUGGGUGCAUGUUAAGUUAAAGGAUCACAUUAUUUCUGCAAACGCUAAUGUUCUUGACACAUCAACAAUAGUCAGAAUUUUGUAGUGGUUCAGUAUUAAAGUACAGUACCAGCCAAAAGUUUGGACAAACUCAAUUUGUUUCUCUUAAUCUUAAAAACUUAAAUGCUUGAAAUUUUGCCAACAUAGUAAUAACCAGGGUUGGGUAUUGACAAAUUUCAUGAUUCGAUUCGAUUCCAAUUCACAUGCUUUCGAUUUGUUUUCGAUUCGACAUAGAUUAUCUUGGAUAUAUAUCAGGUACAGUACAUUGCAAAUUUUCUCAAGGAAAAAAAGUCAGUUGGUACUACAUUACUAAAAUAUAAUAAAGGUUAAUAUUAACUGAUUUGUAUACAAACACUUAAAUUACACUCAAGGAAGUUUUAUAAUAAUAAGUUAUAAUCCUAACUUUACAAUUAGCUACAUAAUUAUAUUUAUAUUCGUUUUUUGAUAUAGGGUCAAUUCAGGGUGAUUGGGACACUUUUUGCCAUGACUAUUCACCCUAGCUAUAAACAUUUAAAUAGUGGCUGUCAUAAAACUUGAAGGAAUUCAAACAUGCAUUAAAUAUUGAAGAACAUAAAAAAAAUUCUGAAUAUGGUGCACAUAUUUAGCAAAAAUGCCCCUCUAGAGUUCAUUUUUCUAGCUGACUAAUGAGUUUAGAGUCACUGAAUAUGCUUUUUCUGAAAUGAGACGUUACAUGACAUUGUUUACAAGCUGUUUUAUUGACGUCUUUCCGCUGAUUGCGCGAUUACAUGACACAGGAUACGGAUUUCGGUAAGUUGUAUUUUAUCUUUUAGCAUACCUUCAGAUGUUAAUGCAAGUUUAUUUCACACUGAAACUUGUAUUAAAACGGAGGUGAAUAUCAGUUUACGUGCGCUGCCGCUUCGCUUAACCUGAGGAGCUACAGCGAUCUGACGUCACAUUAAACAGCGGCGAAACAUUUUUUUUUUUUUUUUUUUCGUAAUAAAAUGGAUGAAAUUUUAAAUCUGAGACUUUGUUUCAUGUCAAAAAUAGCAAAUCUCAAAGCUUAUUGCGAUUUAUUGGAUGGGAGGAUAGACUAAUAGAUUCUUGGGAUUUAAGAAUCGAUAUCAGUUCAUGAAAAUGAUCAUCGAUUAAAGUCGAGAAAUCAAUAUGUUUUUACCCAGCCCUAGUAAUGACAACCUUUUGGUUUGUGUUUAUUGUUUUGUUUCCCCCACAUAGUAAAGGGAAAGCAGUUUCCAGUUUUCAAAUACAGUCCCAGGAUCCCUGCUGAAAAAUCCAGCUAAAACCAGCCUAAGCUGGUCUUUAAACUGGAAGUAGCUGGUUUUAGCUGGUCUCCCAGCCUGGCUAAGCUGGUCAAGCUGGCAAAACCCCUCUAAAACCAGCUGUGACCAGGCUGGGAGACCAGCUUAAACCAGCCUGACCAGCUUAGGGUGGUUUUCAGCAGGGAUGCACAUAUUUCCCAUAGUGCGUCCAUUUAUUUCAUAGUUUUGAUGACACUUAUUCUAAAAUGAGGAAAAUGGUAAUAAUAAAGCAUGAGGCGGUGUGUCCAGACUUUUGACUGGUAGUGUACUAUACAUGCAGUAUCAACUAUUCAAAAUCAUUUUUUUUCUAUGAAUCCAUCUGUCCUCUUGGGCCCUAAAGAAACCUCUAAAUUUUGAGAUAUCAUAUAAGGAUAUUUCUUGAAAUUUGAUUCUCUAAAAGGUCUCGGUGAGCUUUGCUCUUUUGAUUUAAGUGUCUGGAAAAUCAGACCUUUUCAUAUUCCCCCAGAAUCCACUUUUCGAUAUGUUGUUGCGUUUAUUUUCAACCAAAGGUUGUACCCCUUGGUCAGAGCGACUCUACAUGUUAGUUUUUUUUUUUUUUUUUUUUUUUUUUUUUUUUUUUUUUUAAUGUGGUAAUGAAGGGCUGAAGUGUUUACCAAAGCGAGUGUCACUGUAUUCUUGUUAACUAAGCCAGUUCAACAACAAGAAAAAGUUAUCCUUGGGUGUGAAUUUGACCAGCCUCCAUAUGGAGAAAACGCUCUGUACCAGCCCUCUAUGGUUUCACAAGCACACGUCUCUAAAGUCUUAUUGUAUUUUGGACUCCAGACAUGUUAAACCAUGAUGAAUUACAGCCCUGUACUAACAGUUUUAACCAAUAGGAAGAUUAAUAAGUCUGCAAGUCUGCUGGUAACAAUUCAAUUCACAUUUAUUUGUAUAGCGCUUUUCACAGUACAUAUCAUUUCAAAGCAGCUUUACAGAAAAAUGCAUGACAGUCCAGUUAUAUACUGUAUAAUUUUGCCCUUUUUGUCUCUUUUUCUUAAAAAGUUUGCUUAAUUAAUUGUUUUAACUGCCCCAAGGCAAUAUGUACUAACUAGCACCUCAAUGCAAAACUUGCUUCAAAUGUCCAAAGUGCCAAAUCACAUGAGGUGCACAAAAAGAUCACUUUAUUUGUACGGGUUUACAACAGGGUGAGAGGUUUGUACUAAAAAUUUGGUCUUAAACUGACAUUAUUUUUACCUACUGAGAUUUUGGGAGGAAUUAUUUUUCACUGUCUCCCUAUUUGCACUUUUGGUAUGAAUAAGUCGGGGUAGUGCUAAAGUAGAAAAACUGCCGAAGCAAUGCAAGGAACCUCAGUGCUACUCAACAGUAUAAUAGAAGUCAAACGGAUGAAUUUGCCCAAAAUGUUAAAUUCACUGUAGCAACAAAGGAAAAUCAGGAUGGCGUUCCAGUGUUAUAUAUGCUUAUUUUGUAAACGUGCUCCAUCCAUAGAAUGACGUUAAAUGUGUUCAUUGCUGUUUGUGUGUAAACAUUGUCCCUUUGUUCAGAUAUCGUUCAACUGAAUGCAGCCUAACAUCUUGAUUAUGUUAAGGCCCAAGUAAUAGUGAAGGCAGUUAUCUGUAAAAGUUUGGUUCAGUCAUUCAUGACAUUUCUAACUACUGAUUUUGCAAAGAAUGACCCAAAGCUCUGUGAAACUGUAGACUACUGUAAUGCUUUAUUUUAAAUAGUGCAUUUGUUGUUCACCAGCCACCUCAGUUCUGUUGUUUGUCAUUGUCUUGUUAGUCUCUAGUGGUCAUUCAAAAAUUAGUGAUUGUGGCCCUUAGUGAACAUGCAAACCGAAGCUGAUGUUUUCCAGAUAUUGCGGAAUGAACUUUUCCACUGUAAUUCCUAUUGACUGGUUGUGAUGUUGCAUAACCUGACAGUUACAGGAAAACUAAGGAUGUUAAUGAAAUGCAAUAAGUUUGUGUAGAGAUAAAGGAAAAGUAAUGCCUAAUAUGUUAGCUAUUUCAAUAUAAAUCAGUUUACCAAUAUACAUUAUUGAGAAUGAGAAUUGUCCAGAGGGCAACAAACACUGUCUCCAUUUAUUUCUGUAAUAAUCAUAAAUUGAGAUGUGAUACUUACCCAGCAUUUGAAUUGUUUGAUGAACUGAGUGCUCUGGAAGUUGUACCAAGCCAAACGAAUUUUCCUUUAAAUAAAGGACAUGAAAAAUGAAAUCCACUACAAUGAUGACGGACACAAAACAAAUAAACCAUAUUUUCCUUCUCGGUA